UGGCCAGACCAGUCCCUCUUGCAACCAUGACGCCUGAACACAGCCUUCUAGGCUUCCUCAUCAGUCUCUUCCUGAUGGGUGUAGCAGAAACUCAUCCAGCCCAUGAGUCUCUGAAGCCUCAGAGAGUACAUUUUCAGUCCCGAAAUUUUCACAACGUUCUGCACUGGCAGCCUGGGAGGGCUGGUGCGAGCAACCGCAGUGUCUACUUUGUGCAGUAUAAAAUGUAUGGGCAGAGACAAUGGAAAAAUAAAGAGGACUGUUGGGGCACUCAAGAAUUCUUUUGCGACCUUACCAAUGAAACAUCAGAUGUACAGGAGGCUUAUUACGGGAGGGUGAGGACGGCCUUGGCUGGGAUCCACUCUGGCUGGAUCAUGACUCCGAGGUUCACUCCCUGGUGGGAAACAAAAAUAGAUCCUCCAGUCAUGAAUGUAACUCAAGUUAAUGGAUCCUUGUUUGUGAUUCUCCGUGCCCCAAACACACCAUACAGAAAUCAGAAGGGAAGAAAUGUACCAAUGGAAACUUACCAUGAGCUGGUAUACCGAGUCUUUAUAAUUAGCAAUUCACUAGAAAAGGAGCAAAAGGUCUAUGAGGGAACUCACAGAACUGUUGAAAUUGAAGCUCUAACACCUCACACUGGUUACUGUGUAGUAGCUGAAAUAUAUCAGCCGAUGCUGGACAGAAGAAGUCGGAGAAGUGAAGAGAAGUGUGUGGAGACCCCUUGAAGGUGUGUGGUGUGCUCUGCAGCAUGGAAAUCAAAAGCUCUCUGAAAAUGGGUGGGCUCAUGUUUGAAGGGUCUCACUGACAACUAUUUUUAUAUUUUCUUAAAGUCGUGUUAUACUUUUGGAACUUCUUUGUUCAUCCAUUCUUUCUUCUUUUAUAUUUCAUUUGUAAACUAAAGUUAAGCAAUGUGUCCCCCAAAAACACAUUAGAAUUUGAAGAAGAGGCAGAGAGUAAAGGUUCUAUGAAAUACAGAGCUUUACUUCUGAAUGUAGCAUCCCUACCAAGAAUCUCCAUUCUUCUAAUUUAAGAACCAUGAAAUAGUAGGCAUUUAACAAACUGUUGUCAAAUUAAGUUUUGACAAAUGCCAUUAUAGGCAAGCAAUCCUGAAGCAUUCUUUUUCACUCCCUAUUGAGACAAUUUGACACACAUAUACCACUUUUAUAUUAAUGAAAUUUUUACAUGAAUGAAUGAU